CCCUCCCCCCCCCGGCCUUCGUCGCAUCAUAUCCUACUACUCGAUUCUCCGGGAAUCGCAUUGGGAUGUCAAUUAUGACAUAUCCUCCGAUUGGACAUGGCUUCCCGUACCACAAUCUGGCCGCGCCCGUGCUUUCCGGAGGCGACUUUUUGGGCGUCUCCUGAACUUGCGGCUUGAGAGAAGCUCAGAACUCAUACUCUGUUCCCCUCAAGCUGUAUUCUUUGUAGGGUUCUCAAGAUGUCAGCUUUUAUGUCAUUGUCUCACAGGGCCACUUGGGGCGCAUUGCAGCACCCCUCGGAGUACUAUCAUAAUUUUGGCCCUACCUUGAACGAACUCUCGUUCGGUCUCCUGGGGUGGUCCUUCCAACCUCAGCGGGAUAUUGUUGACCUCUCGGGGAAGGUCAUUCUUGUCACAGGAGGCAACACCGGCCUCGGAAAGGAAACCAUCGUCCAACUCGCUCAACACAAUCCAUCCCGCAUCUACCUUGCCGCGCGUAAUGAGACCAAAGCCCAGGAUGCCAUUGCCUCGAUCCGGGAGAGCAUUCCAUCUGCAGUCGACAUCAGAUACCUGCCCCUCGACCUGGGAUCACUGAAAUCGAUCCGCGCCGCGGCCGAGCGCUUCCGUGCGGACUGCGACCGUCUGGACACCCUGAUCCUCAACGCGGGCACGAUGAACAACCCAACCAAAUACACAGAGGCCGGAUUCGAGCUGCACAUGGGUACGAAUCACAUCGGACACUUCCUGCUCACCACCCUGCUGCUGCCGAUUAUGCAGAAGACCGUGGCGCUUUCUCCGGACGUCCGCGUUGUGUCUCUGAGCUCUGCUGCCAAUGUGGGCAGCCCUCCAUUCGAGGUUAUGACCUCCGCGUCCGCUCUGGCAGAGACUUCAGGUAUGGUUCGAUAUUGUGCAUCCAAGGCGGCGAACAUCCUCUUCGCGGCCGAGCUGGCCCGCCGGUAUCCGGAGAUUCUCUCCGUCGCGGUGCACCCGGGCGCGGUGGCUAGUGACCUAUAUGAGCAUACGAUGCAGAGGAACCCUGUCUUCAACUUGGGGCUGAAGGUCAUCAAGAGUGGAUUCUGUCGGUCCCUGCGCACGGGGGCGCUGAACCAGCUGUGGGCUGCGGGAGCGAGGCGGGAAACGCUGGUUAACGGCGCUUACUAUGUCCCCAUUGGGGUUCAUGCCAGCGGAAAUCCGUAUGCCAAGGAUGUGGAGAUGGGAAGGCGUCUGUGGGAGUGGACUGAACAGCAGAUUGCUGAGAGGGGCUGAUUCCAUCUGGUUGUUUCCUUCCCUGACUGAUGACUUUUAGCAUCUCUUGUAUCUUGGACUGUUCGCAUUGUAGCAUAGCGUCUCUGAUGGGCAGAGGUCUCAAUUGAUAGUUUACAUGAACUGGGAUAUAAAUAUUUGACGAUAAGGACUAACGUCUCGAAGAACUCGAAGAUAUUGAUGCUACGUCAUGCCUGCACCUCAUGGAGAUCAUUGGGAAAGGACCGGCGGGCGCCGCGGGAACAUCAG